GUUUGAUGUGCUUUUCUUUUUUAUUGUCUCCUCUCCUCUCCUUCUUCCGAUCCUGUCUUCCUCUUCUGGAGUAUUCAUGUCUGGCUUCAGGAGGCUUUAAAUGUUCAACUCGAUGGGUGUUUUAAACGCCACCGCCGCAGCCAAUGUCUCGUGUACUUGUAACUGCAAGCGCUACACGUCCCCCCAGAGCAUGGAAAUCACCCAGCUGGAGUUCGUCCAGAUCCUGGUGAUCGUGGUGGUGAUGAUGGUGAUGGUGGUGGUCAUCACUUGUCUGCUGAACCACUACCGCCUAUCAGCACGCUCCCUCAUCUCCAGACACGCCCCUGCACGCAGGAGACACCUGCCAUUGGCCAACGAGGCAGGUCUGUGGUCUUCUGAGGCGACAAGGACAACCAGUGGUCUUAACGAGCACCAGGUGUAUAACCCAGGCCUCCAGACCGAGGGGUCCCCUCAUCCUACCUACAGAGUGAGCCCCAACACCCCCCCCCACGCCCAGCCCCAGCUCCAGUCCCACCCCCAGCUCCAGUCCCACCCCCAGCUUCAGUCCCACCCCCAGCUCCAGUCCCAACCCAAGCUCCAGUCCCAGCGCUUCCAGCACACAUACGCCCCGAGUCGCUUCCAGCCGACAUACCCCUACCUACCCCAGAGUCUCAUCGAUCUUCCCCCCACCAUCUGCCUCUCGGACGGAGAGGAGCCCCCUCCGUACCAGGGCCUCUGCACCCUGCAGCUUCGGGACCCGGAGCAACAGAUGGAGCUGAACCGCGAGUCGGUCAGAGCACCGCCCAAUCGAACAGUGUUCGAUUCCCACUCCCUCAACCCAUCCAGCUCCUGUCUGCAGGCCAGUCUGCAGGCCCCUCCUCCGAGUGUCCAUUCAGGCGUCAGCGUGCUAGAAGCCCAGGAGACCUUGUCCCGGCAUCAGAAGCAGGGCUCUCGAGUAGAAGGAGCUCCCCCGACCUACAGCGAGGUGAUCGGGCACUACUACCACCCAACAUCCCUGACCCCCAGCCACAACCAUCGGACUGUAUCGUCCUCGCUAGCACCCCCGUCCUCAUUCAUACACGGCCUGCUCCGACCUCCGCCUCAGCAGCAGGGAAGUGUUGGCAACAGGAAUGCACGGAACACGAAGGAGAAAUCCCAGAAGCCCCAGCAGGUGUGACAGUACUGCCUCCUUAUUCCUAGCCUGCAGGGAGGAAAAAACAGGAUUUAUUUGUCUGCUCGCCACUUGCCAAGUGGUUAGAGCCAAUGAGGAACGACCUGGUGACUAGUAGAAAUCCACUUUGAAUGGUUUAAGGGCUGAUUCUCGUUAGUUGUAGUUGUAGCUGACAUGUGGUCAGUUUCCCCCAGUUCAUGGAUCGGGCUAGGACUGAAGAAGCAGCAUUUCGUGUCCGAGGAGCACUUCAGAUGAGCCGACGAUGCCAGAGAUGGAGGGGAGAAGGUGCGAAGGGAAAGGUGGAUACAGAAGCCUCUGUCUUCUCUUAAACAACUUCACAUCAUCCCUCCUCCAUUAGACUGAUCUAAACUAGUCUUCAUUCAUUAUACAUAUUUACUCGUUCUGUUUGUUUCUAGAGAUCUUUUGAACGUUUGUUAAUCUGUUCGUCUUUUUUCGCGCUUACAAAAAGCCGUUCUAUCAAAGGCAAAAUGGCGAAAUGUUGCAAUCUUGUUGUUUUCUUCCAGGUUUUUGUUUUCUAUUGAUAAUCCCCCUUGCUGCUUUGACGUCAUUCAGUUGGGUUUCAAGUCCACGACUGCACAGUAACCAACGUUGGCAGUGACUCCUGCAUCAGGCGUUAGCUGGGUCGCUGGGACACGUCCGCACAUUAGGCUACUUCCAGAAAGACAUUAGAUUUAGUUAGCGCUAUCUUAAACUAGCUUAGCAGUCGUAGCACAGUGCUCAAGCUAAACGUUCUGCCUUAUAUAUCGACCAACCGAUGUAGGAGUUCUCGCUAAAAUCCUUUUUUAGUUUUAGUUUUCUAAAGAAGGUUUGCACAAAGUUCAAGACUCUUCACCACAGAAACAGAGAUAUGAUUGAUGAGAGAGAAAUCGGAGAAAGUAGGGGUAUUUUUCUAAACUUGAUAGAUUCUUAUGAGUAAAGAUGUUGUUUUUUUGUGUUUUUAUAUGUUGUCUAGUUUGUAGAAAAAGAAACAUCAUUAAUCUGUUGGGGUGCCAACUUUCACGUUGAACAUUUUGCUACAUACAUGUUGGCAUGUAUUACAUUUUGAGUAUAUAUACACACAUCGAGAGCGAAAUUAAAAGCACGAAUUUAGAGUUAUUUAUAUAAUUGCUGAAAAGAAUUGCACUAUUUUUUUAGUAUGCGCAGAUGGAGCGUGUGAGAGAGACCUUUAUUGUGAAGGAGCUCUGUCUAUUGAGGCAUAAACAGAAGGAGAGACCUGAACCCACGGACCCAGCUCAGUGCACAGCAGCCGAUAUCACCAGAACAUAUCACGGGCAGAUUCUGACUUGGGUUCAAUGGACUCGGAUCUACCAUUACUGUGCCAUUGAUGUAAAAAAAAUGAAUCCUUCACUUAUGCAAAUGUCCGAGUCCUUCCUGCGAGCCAACCACAAGUCAGUAUUUAAACCUGUAGGCCCAAUCAGAAACUCUGCUUGUAGCUCUUUCUCAUCCUAUUGGCCGAAUCGUUGGCCAAUCCCAAAGCUGGCUGUCGCUACCUCGACCAAAACAAGCCAAGCACAUACGAGUUUGCUCACGUUGAUCAGAUCUUUGACACAUGCAACAAAUGUCUGAACCAAUCACAACAAUGUGUAAUGUAAGAGUAGAGUAAAGUAGAGUGUAGAGUUAGCUUGUAAUCCUGCUGUGUUAUUUUAUUUGAAUGUCAGAAGUUUUGUUCAUUGAGUGAAAAGAGAGAGAAACAAUGCAGACCAGAGACGCCUAACGUCCCCUUCCUAGUGCACUGCUGAGGAAGGAAGCCAGGUCGCCCUACAGGCCCGAAAUGAGUGAUACGCUGACUGUGCACUGCUGUGGCCACACACACAUACAUGCACACAUUAGACCAGCGUUUCUGGUCACACAUCUCCCGUUUCUUUUAAAGUCUCGACACACACACAAUCCCCGCUGUUGCAGGCAUCUUUGAGCACUUUACUGCACCAGGAAAGAGACAACAAUCUUCUGUCAGCCAGCGUCAGCCGAAAAAACUUAAAAACUACGGUAGAACCCUUUAAUAUUGUAGGUUAGAUUCCCCAACCUUUAGAGCCACACUUUUAAAAGAUGCAAAGAGUUGUGCUCCAGAACUUUAAAGAUCCUUCAAUUGGAAACAUAUUCUAACCUGAGGACCUGGAAUCAUUGACUUAUCGUUGUGAAGGCCGGGCUGGGUAUCUAAGUUCUUCAGUACUAGUACCAGUGACUAGUUUCAGUACUAGUACCAGUAACUAAUUUCAGUAUCAGUACCAACAUUACUGUGAGAAACAUAGUUGUGUUUUUCUGCAAGACUUGUCAUUUCUCAAAUGUUAAAAUGUGUUUGUCGGCUAAAUAAAAAUACAGUUUUAAUUUGGCAAAACUUUUAUUUAAUUUAGUUUAUUAUUUUAUUUGUCAGGGACCAUGCACAGUUCAAGCCCUGUACCAGUGUUAGCUAUACAGCUAAUAUACAUCUGUGGUCCCUGGGCAAGGGAGAGAAAAGGACAAUAUAGACAAUAUAAAAUCAGGAACUUUAUUAUCAAAGAAGGAGUAAAUGUGAUUAGGCAGAUACUCUGUGCUGCGGACACAGUUCUGUCAGCACCAUAACAUUAUUAUUAACAUGUUAUGUCUUUUCU